AUGUAUCUCACAAUGAGGGUGAAACCAAUAUGGCAAAUCCCCGCGGACGCCAAGUGUAACGGAACGCCCGACUGUCCCGACGCGAGCGAUGAGACACACGCUCUCUGCCAUAACCACUACUGUCACCCCAACUCGUUCCGCUGCGCGUACGGCGGUUGCGUUGGCAGCGCGGCAGCGUGCGACGGCUGGGCGGAAUGUUUCGACAACUCGGAUGAAAGGCUGCUGCGGUGCAGAAAUAAAACUGGUGUUCUAGAUGGUGAAUUCAAGUGUGAAAACGGUGACAAGAUACCAGUAUACCAGCUAUGCGACGGCGAGAAAAACUGCGCAGAUGGUACAGACGAAUCCGUUCGCGCAUGCGCGGGGCGCCGCUGCGGGAAGGGCCAGUUCCAGUGCAAGUACGGCGCGUGCAUCCCAGCCCAUACAAAGUGUGAUGCGGACGGUCACCGAGACUGCGCUGAUGGAUCGGACGAAGAUGAUGUUCUUUGCAACAGACCGCAGACUGUGAUCACCAAUAGCGACGUGGAAUGCUAUCUGCCCUCCUGGCCAGAUCACGGUGCAUUCAUCAUGACACUUGGGCCAACACACGCGAUCUCCCACCGAUUUCUAAGUUUGACCUUCAUCGUUGAGUGCGAACCACCAUACCGCCUGGAGGUUCCCGAAGAAAUUCACUGUGAGCGCGGCGAGUGGUCCGCACCUAUUCCUGAGUGUAAACUGCCACCUGCCGGGUCGAAUCUUUGCGUGUUACCAGAUUACCCGUACGUAGGGUCGUACUCUGUGUCAGGAAGGCCGGACGCACGCCCCGGAAUGAUGUUUGACGAAGUGACAGUGAAUGUGACGUGUAACGCGCCGUACAGUCGGGUCGGGCCCGAGGAGCUGCAAUGCUAUUACGGCCAUUGGUCUGCAGAGAGAUUUAGCCAUUGCUGGUAUUUCUGCGAAAAUCCACGCCACCCUAGCGUCACAUAUUAUUGCGGGGACAACUAUGACCAGGAAUGCGGUGAUUUAGUGCAAAGUGGUGACAGUGCACGACCAAAAUGCAACGACAAUUACCAUUCUACUAGAGAGCUUCAGAGUGUGAAAUGCUUCGAUAAUGGUUGGUUCUUCCUUCAGACCUGCGAACCUGACAUCGGUAUACCGGAACCUAACAUCACUAUUUCAAAAGAGGAGGAUACUUUGGACAACAGUACGCCAACUGUUAUCCCCAACUCGACUCCCAUCCCAGAUGUAUCUACAACACCGAAAAAUCUCUGCGUGUUGCCCGAGAACCCAGAAUACGGGACAUACUCAGUGUCAGGAAGGCCAGACGCACGCCCUGGUAUGAUGUUUGAUAACGUCACGAUGGUCGUGUCGUGUGAAUCGCGGAUGCGCCCGGUCGGUCCGGUGGAGAUGCAUUGCUCUGACGGCAAGUGGUCUGUGGACAAGUUUACUUCCUGUUGGUAUUUCUGCGAAGUACCACGCCAUCCCAGCGUCACUUACUACUGUGGGAACAGAUAUAACGUAAAAUGUGACGAUUUCGUUAUAAGUGACACCUCGGUCUACCCAAAAUGCAACGACUUUUAUAAAACUACUGUACAGAUGUUGCACAUGUCAUGUAUCUACGGAAAUUGGGACUUCGUUGAAACCUGCGCUUUAGAUUAUAAUGUUUCGUUAGAUGGUAAUAAUAUGACGGUUCGUUUAGGUGAAAAACUGGUGUUACAUUUGUCUGGAUCUGAGUAUUCUUUGGCAGUGGAUAUAAAUUCUGAAACAAUUAUAAAUAAAACUGUGCCUGAACCUAAACUAGAGUUACGUGACUUUGACUAUACUGACUAUUGGGGCUAAAUCUAUUAUCUUUCAGUAAUAUUCUCCUGUAUAUUUCCUUCUUUUCAGUUUCUGUCUUUUCUAUUUUUUUGUUUUUUAAAUAUCGUUUUUUAUCCUUAUAUUCGAGCGAUAGAGAGGCAGAUAACGAUUUUAAAAUGUUCAAGCUGUGCAAAGAAAGGUAUGUUUUUUCCCUGUUCCUGUUAGCGGCAAGAUAACAUAAAGUGUCCGGCGUAAGCAUAGUUUUAAUAUCCGCGUUACACCUUAGUUACUCAUUGCUUUUGUAUAUUAGAAAAAUAAUUAGCCGUACAUACACUUUGAACGUUCGUCAAUCUGUCGAAGGGCGAGGUAGCUCGAAUCUGGGCAGGGCGGUGCGUGGCCGUUUUGUAUCAUAAUACUAUCACUUAUUCUGUGUCUUAGGUUUAAGUUCUGCCAGAAG